CGAGAAAGAGACGCAAAACGAAUGCCAUUUUGGUUGGAAGAAGACUGUUUACACGUCAGUCGCUCCGGUUUUGCAGCAAGCAGAUUUUUUCCCGUUUUGAUUGCCGAAAUUCUCUGGAAAACAUUCCUCCGGAAUAGAAUUUCGGAUCGGUUAUUGUCGUGGGUGAAUUUGCGGCUCGUGUACCGUGAACGUUUUUAUUUGUGACGGAAGUAAGCUCGCUUGUGUGAAGGAUGAAUAUUUUUCGACUGGCCGGUGAUUUGUCGCAUUUGCUGGCAAUUAUUCUGCUGCUAAUCAAGAUAUGGAAGACGAGAUCGUGUGCUGGCAUUUCUGGCAAAUCUCAGAUUUUGUUCAUGGUGGUUUACAUUAGCCGUUAUCUGGAUAUGGUUACGACUUUUAUUAGCGUUUACAAUACGUGCAUGAAAGUGGUCUUCAUUAGUUCAUCGAUCGCCACCAUCUAUUUGAUGUAUGUUAAGUUUAAGGCGACCUACGACCACAACCAUGAUUCGUUCCGCAUCGAGUUCCUGCUGGUUCCGUGUUUCGUCCUGGCCCUGUUGAUCAACGCUAGCUUCACUGCAAUAGAAGUGAUGUGGACGUUCUCGAUCUAUUUGGAGGCAGUGGCCAUCUUGCCGCAGCUCUUCUUGGUCAGCAAAACGGGUGAGGCAGAAAGUAUUACCAGCCACUAUCUCUUCGCUCUGGGUUCCUACCGUGCGCUGUAUCUGCUGAACUGGAUCUACCGAUACUACGCUGAGGGUCAUUAUGACUUGAUUGCAAUUUUUGCCGGAGCAAUUCAGACAAUCCUGUACUGCGAUUUCUUCUAUCUCUACAUCACCAAGGUGCUAAAGGGAAAGAAGCUGCAGCUGCCGGCGUAAAGUGGCCCCACGGCCUGGGAGGUAGGAUGAUAUCUUACGCAAAGUAAUACAUACGAUCGUUUAAGUACAUCUCGGAAGCAAACUUGAUAAUAAAACCAACUUUUAAGAGAACGCAUUAGCAAUUGAUGUGAAAAACAGAUGAUCGCUGCCGGGGAUGAGAAAGUAAAUAAUAUCCGAAGAAUACUAGUUCUUAUUAGUUUUAUACCGCAGGGUUGAAAAAAAUAUGAAUGAAAACCCUCUGAUAGCUCAUUUCAAUUCUUCAGAUUUAAAAUCCCGAUAGAUAACAGCAGUUCUGGCCGCGUUGAUCAAAUUAAUAAAAGAAUAGAUUGAUGCGUCCACAAAGUUAUCUAGCGGGAGACGUAAGCGAGAAGCGCAACAACGAGCAUAGUACUUUCGGUAAGAACAAAAUUAGAAUUACAAAAACCCCUUCUGAGGGUAUAGUGGCUUCUCCAAAGCGCUUAAGAAGUAUUAUAGACAUCCACCUUUCAAAAAAUUGAACCUUAAAUUUGCUGUCUGAAAAGGUAGCGUGCAAGAUAAUUGUUUGAAGUCUAUUGAGUUUGCUUAAAAUAAAUCGAUUUCCAAAGCAUUUUUAUUCAUAUAAAACAUUUUUUUGUCUUAUCUGAAGUUUGCAGAUGUGUUAACUAUUUGCCUUAUAUCCUGUACGAUGCGAAAAACGACUGACAGUGAAGCACUGAUGAAACAGCACUUUUAAUCAAUUGCUUGUAUCAUUCUUUGUCAAGAUUCCGCCAAGGUGAUUCUACUUGUUACUCGCUUUGCGAUACUGCUUCUUCCGAUACAGCGCUUCAUUGCUGCGUCUAUUUACUUCCCCCAACAGCGUUGCAAAAUCUGACACAGAACUGUAAGAAUUAAAUUCAACUUGACUAUUACAACGGACAGACAGUGAGGAUAACUGUCCCGACAAACACAAAAACAAAUUAUUUUAUUUUGUUGCUAUAUACUAUAAUACUAAUAUGGAUGUUUGUGAGCAAACCUGUAGUUUUUUUUUGUAUUUUAAUUUGUUCCAACGAACGUACUUUAAGGAAACGUGAGAAAUAAUUCAAACAUCCCAACUAUCAUACAUCGGUAUGGAAGAUCGUUUGAGUGAGUGAAAUCAAACCGUUUUGAAGUAAACGAAUCCCUAUAUCCUUCUAUUUCUUAAAAUAAUAUUUUACUGCUACUGUAAUACAUAGAACGGUAAUAAUUAUUGAGAUGAUACCAAUAAAGAACAGAAACCUAUA